GCGGCUGGGUGUCUGCGCGGACAAACGGAAGUGUCGGUCGGGCUGAGACUUGGCCGCCAAGCUGGGAACCGGGGACAUGGCCGAGACGGACCCCAAGACCGUGCAGGACCUCAGCUCGGUGGUGCAGACGCUCCUGCAACAGAUGCAGGAUAAAUUUCAGAUCAUGUCGGACCAGAUCAUCGGGAGAAAUAUCGACAUGAGCAGCCGCAUCGAUGACCUAGAGAAGAACAUCGCAGACCUCAUGACCCAGGCUGGAGUGGAAGAGCUGGAAGGUGACAACAAGCUUCCGGCCACGCAGAAGAGCUGAAGGUUGCUAAGUGACAUGGAAUGCAGAGCACCGUUUUUACCAGCCAAGGGAACACCAACUGGCUUUUGCCACUAACUGCUGUCAGCUAGCAGGUUUUCUAUUUUGAGGUGAUUGUCUUUUCACAUGCUGUAUAGUUAGUUUCUAGAAUGAAUUGUGUCCCCACUACCAACCCCCUCCAUGCCCUAUGGUAACUUCACAUCUUGGGCCUUAGUGAGUUGUGCUAUUAAAUAUUAAACACUACAACUUUGGUGGUUCUUGCAUACAA